AACCAAUGACCUGUGUACUCUUGGACUUUCCACAGUGGAAGUUGUAACCAGAAUCUCCCUUUCCCAAUAUACUCAUUUGUGGCAAGAAGACCACGAAGAAGGUCAGCAUGAGUACUACAGGGAAAGUGAUCAAGUGCAGAGCAGCCAUACUCUGGAAGGCUGGUGCACCAUUUUCCAUUGAGGAGGUAGAAGUGGCCCCACCAAAGGCAAAGGAAGUUCGCAUAAAGAUCACGGCCACGGGGCUCUGUGGUACAGAGAUUAAAAUGUUGGAGAAUCAAAUGAAGUAUCCCAUCAUUUUGGGCCAUGAAGGGGCUGGAAUCGUUGAGAGUGUGGGAGAAGGAGUGAGCACUGUGAAAACAGGUGAUAAAGUUAUCACACUCUUUCUACCACAGUGUGGAGAGUGUGCCUCAUGCCUUAAUUCUGAAGACAACUAUUGUAUACAACUCAAACAGUCAUAUACCAGCCUGAUGACUGAUGGUACCAGUAGAUUUACCUGCAAGGGAAAACCAAUAUAUCACUUUGCCAAUACGAGCACCUUCUCUGAAUACACAGUGAUAAGAGAAAUCUCAGUUGCCAAGAUCGAUGCAGUGGCUCCUCUGGAGAAAGUAUGCCUCAUUAGCUGUGGUUUUUCCACUGGGUACGGUGCUGCAAUCAAUACUGCCAAGGUGACGCCAGGCUCCACCUGUGCGGUGUUUGGCCUUGGAGGAGUCGGCCUGUCAGUUGUCAUGGGCUGUAAAGCGGCUGGAGCAGCCAGGAUCAUUGGGGUGGACAUCAACAAAGACAAAUUUGAGAAGGCAAAGCAAGUGGGCGCCACCGAGUGCAUCAGCCCACAGGACUUCAAGAAACCCAUCCAAGAUGUUUUAGUUGAAAUGACAGGCGCUGGUGUGGAAUUUUGCUUUGAGGUCAUUGGAAAUCCAGAAUUGGUGGCAGCUGCCCUGGCCUCCUGCCAUGAGAGCCAUGGAGUCUGCGUGAUUGUUGGGCUCUUGGAUUAUGGUGUCCAGCUCAACAUCAAUGGCUACUUGUUCUUCUCGGGACGUUCUUUGAAGGGAUCUGUUUUUGGAGGCUGGAAAAGCAGAGAGAGUGUCUCUAGACUGGUUUCAGAUUAUAUGGCAAAGAAGUUUAAUCUAGAUCCACUGAUUACCCAUACUAUGAAGCUUGAUAAAAUCAAUGAAGCCGUUGAAUUCAUGAAAACCGGAAAAUGUAUUCGCUGUGUCCUAUUACUUUAAGUACAAUGUAAUGAAUGCAAGACCUGAGGCAUAUUUCACCAACUAAAUUGCAUCCUGUAAAACUUCCAUGACUUAGAAGAAUUAUCCACACAGUGCUGUUUCUAUGUUCUUGCCUCUGAUUCAUUCAGCAGUGGGCUCAUAUCUGACUUCUGCUCUCAACACAUCAAAAUUGGUCUUAUGUCACCCAGUCCCACCCAGGAACGUCUCCCUGUUAGAGCUAGUUUAGGGUUGAUUUGAAUCACCCAAUUCCAAACCCUUCAAACCAACAGUCACCCCAAGAUACUCCCAUUUUCAUAGUUGCCCCUACCUCUGGGCCCCUGUUUCUUUGCACACUAUGUCUCUCAUCCCCAUGAAACUUCACUCAUUUCACACCAAAGAAACAAAACUCACCACUCAUGAGUUUAUUGAACAUUCAGGUUAAAGCAAGCUGAUGGGGGGAAGGGGACUUUAUUACAUCAACUUAAAUAAAUCCUAGUUAAACACUAAGUACUUCAUUCUCAGUAGUACUCACACCAGAGAAACUCCUACUGGUGUUUCAUCUUAUAUAACCCAGCCUCAAACCAUCACUUACAAUACUUCUAUGGCACUCACCUCUUCUCUCGUGGAUUGCCAAAGUUCUUCUUUAAUUGGCCAGGACAAUUUAGCUCGCAGCAGUUUGUGUCACGUGGCUUCAUAGCCAAGCCAUCUAAAAUUCAUCAGGAAGAAAAAGGGGCUUGAAAGAAAAGGGGCGUCAUUAAUUACCAGGAUCCAUGCGCCCUAGGAGGCCGCUGUGGUAUUAAACAAUAAAACUGGCUGUUAUUCCACUCUCCAAGGGAAGAGGGGAUAGUGUGUAGUUACUACUAAUGUGCAUCACAGUUUCUUUCCUUCAAGAAGUAGAUGAGAUAAAGACAAGAUCCAGCAGUGAUUUGUGGCACCCAAUCCCUCUCUACCCCUGCCCCCCCUUCUCUGCCCUACUCCUUCGUAAUGCUCCUAGAACCUGGAUUAAGAUUGAGCCUUCGUGGGAUAUGACUUCUUCCCUAUUCCCUAGAUAGAGAGUCUCUUUCAAGCCCUCUUCUCCAGCACACACACCAGAGCUCCCUUCCUAGUUAAGGUCACU